AAUUAAAUUAUAAAGUGCUAUAAAACCUAAGAAAAUCCCACUAAAAGUUAUAUCAAGUGAAAGCUAAGUGACUAGUUAUUAAAAAAACAUGAAAAUUAUUCUUAAAAUAUGCAGUAUCAGUGCUUAAAUAGUUGUUUAAAGUGCUCCAACGGAUGUGAUAGACUUAAAAACUAACAAACGACAAAUUACACUGUCUCGCCAUUGGUCGAUCAUACACCUGUCCCGCUUCUACCAAAGCGAAAGCUACCGCCGAUAUCUUCCCUCCUCUGCGCUGAUUGGCCGAACUACAGCAAGCAGAAAGGUAAACACAGCAAAGCAAGAUGAAGUGCCUUGUUUGCGAUCAUGAAAUUAAAUAUGCAAGCGAAAUGAUAAAAUGCACAGCAUGCGGAAGACACUGUCACCAAUCCUGCCUAAACAUGACUUCUGCAUAUUAUAUGGCCAACCAUUUCACACUAGAAAAAAACUGGCUCUGCGAAUUGUGCAAUAAUGUUACCCGUCGGCCAAAAAAUGAUAAUACACCAAUUCGAAAACCUGUUGCACUAAAUCUAAACGACACAACAAUGUCAGUCGAUGAUCCCGUACACGACCGUACAGAUACCACCCCAGGACCCCAGGACACUUUAAAAACUCCACCAAAUGUGUACUCUAGUAAAGAGAGCCCCGUUACCCUCGACAGUAUUAGUAAACUGCUGGACUUUAAACUUAGGGAAAACAACCAGUCAAUACUUAACGAUCUCAAAAACACAAUACAACUCGAGAUAAAUAAAUCGAUUGCCGACCUAAUGACAGACAUUACUUCAUGCACUAACCAAAUAACUACGGAGCAAACUAGCAUAAAAAGUAGCAUAACGAACAUAGAAAGUAAAAUAAAAAUCCUAGAAAGGAAAAAUAUUACACUCCAACAAGAAUUAAACCAACUGGAUCAACAAAUAAAUCAAAAAUCGCAGGAUACCUACGAACAUAAUAGUAAAAUAAUAGUCUUGCACGGCUUAUCUGAAUAUCGCGAUGAACAUGAGGUUGAUAUUGAGAACCGUAUUAUAUAUCUAUGUCACGAUGUCCUAGGCAUCGAUCUAACUGGAUACAUAGAAGAGACUUCCAGAAUAGGAAGAAAUAGCAGGACCAAUAGGCCACUGAAAAUUGAAUUAAUCAGUAAAAGAAUGGCUAAAUAUGUCCUACAAAAUUCGUGGCUUUUUAAAAACACUGGUAUAUCUAUCUCUGAGUACUUAACCGGAAAGGCACUAGAGCAUAGGAAGCUUCUAGUAUCGAAUUUACGAUUAGCUCGACAGAACGGUCAACAUGCUGUUAUCCGUGAUAACAAGCUCGUAGUAAACGGAAGAAUCACCCACCUAGAACCACAAUUCCCGCCAGAUCACGAGAUACAAAAUAUUAACGUAGACGCGAACUAUCCAUCGACCGCACAUAGCACCCAUGAAGACUUCGACUCGGCUUGUUCACAAAACAAUACUAUUUCUAACACUCCCGGCCUAGAUACCCGUAACGAGCAAAAUAACCAUUCAUUUCGCAACAUCACCGGCGCUUAAAAAAAUCAAUAACACCAACCUUAAUAUAUUAUAUCAAAAUAUGCAAAGCCUAAGCAAUAAAAUACCGUUACUUGAGUCACUACUAGAAUGCGAUAAUAGACACCAGUACGAAGCACUUUGCAUUUCCGAAUCUUGGCUGUCGAAAGAAAAAAGUGAAAUCAUUAACAUCGGAGGAUACGUCCUCGCGUCAUCAUACUGCAGAGCGAACUACGCGGGCGGAGGCGUUUGCAUACUACUGCGGGACAACCUGCUGUACGAGGAGCGAAAGGAUAUUGUGGAUUACUCGGUCGAAUAUGUCAUUGAAAUCGCUGCCAUAGAACUUAUUAAGUUAAAUGUAAUCAUUAUUGUAAUUUAUUGGAAUAAUAGAAAUGUUGAUUCUUUUUACACACAA